AUGGAUACGUGCGUAGACCCUAACGUUCCGCCGUGGAAGUUGGAGCUGAUAAACAGAAGACGGACGAGAAACAAUCAAUCAAAGUGCGGCGGUGGCGGCGGCGGCAGCAAUAACGAACAACAACUACAGGUAAAACCAGUUCAAUGGACCUGGUCCCCCCCCACCACUCAACACUUUCUCCAGCAGCCGAUCGCCGCCGCCGCCCAGAUACCGAUGCCGCAGCCGCCGCAUCAGCAGCAGCAGCCCACAGUCGUAGUCGGCACUGCCGUGUGUCCCACCAGCAUGAGGCUGUUCAAGUGCGAGGCCACCGCUAUCAUGACCAAUUUCAAGAAAAAUCCGCAGAUCAACCGCUGUCGAUCAAAAUUCAAAACCAAACCGCAGAUCAUCACCGAAAUCACCAAUGGCCAGGACUACCAUUCGGAUUCCAGUGAAGAGUUCAAGUACGGUCCGGGCAUCGUGAACAAACUCAAAUCCAAGUACAUGAGCAUGACGGUGCGCGAACAAAAACCCAGGCCGUCGUUGCGCCGGUCCACCAGCAUGGACAACAUCGUUGACGACAAACGGCUCAUCGACAAACCCAAACUCUAUUCGCAGCCGGACGUUGUCAGUGUGGCAGCGACUGUCAAAAGUGAAACCAUGAAACGUGCCCGUUCCAUGGAGACGUUGUCUGAUCCCCAUUCGGUCAACGCUAACGGCUACAUGGAUGAACAGCAGCCGAAAACAACUAAUGGUGAUUUGCCACCACCGGAUGUUGUCAAGACAUAUAAAAAAAUAUUUGAAACCAAAACACAGACCGAAGUGAAACCCAUCAAGAUAAAGCCUGCAAUUCUACCUAAGCCGAUGAUGAGUCCAGAAAAAUCACGUCCGGCUAGAAUGAACAAAACACCAUUGAAGAAAAUGUCCCCACCAAUUAAAUAUCCUAAUAGAUUAAAAAAGAAGGAGCCAUUGGGUUUUGAUCGUUCCAAAUCAUUGAUCAAUGAUGAGGUUAGUUCUAGCCAAGAUGAAUCAUCUAUGUCGUCUGACGAUGGUGGAUCACAAAGACACAGGGUUAUUAUUAAAACCGCCAUCACUGCAACAGCUAUUGAUAAUAAACCAAUAUCAAUACAAACCAAGCAGAUAUGUGUUAUCAGACCAACAACCAGAACUACUUUACAGCCUGAAGAAACUACAAAUGCUCAAUUGUCUGAUAAAGAAAUAGAAAACAAAUUUAUAAACAAUAAUAAUAAUAAUAGUACCAAUAAUACCAACGGUGAAAAAAGAAUAAGUGGCUUGUGGGAUAAAAAACGUUGGGAUAAUCAUGAAAACAGCGUAGUUUUUAAUUUCGUCAACAGAAAAGGAGUCCCAAACUAUAUUGACAGUGAUGGUCCAGUGCAAAGAAGAGACAAUUCUUAUGGAGUUAAAGAUGGUUGUAUCAUGUUGGACGCACACUGUGAAGAAUCAAGUACUGAUGAUAUUGAUAAUGUAAAUAAUGAUAAAUAUGUCACUUUUGUUGGUGGCAAUAUUGUAAUUGGUCGUUCAAACCUUCGAAAAGAAAAUACACCUACUCCGAAAAAAGACCUCCACAUAAAAUUCUCCGACAUACUUGAAACGACUCACGAAUAUCCGUCUGAAGCUUCAAUGUUGAUCGAAGAGGAGUCAACCACAAACGACGAUUCUUCAACCAUGUCGCCAAAAAGUAAAUUCGGCAAUUACAUUCCAAGUAAAUUGGGAACAAACGAAGAAGCGUUUCUCGGUGAAUAUGGCGUGAGCAGAAGUAAUAUAAAACCUGUAAAACGUGCGGUCGAUAAAAACGAAGAAGACAUGUCAGUGAUGGACACAUAUGUGCCCUGGAGUGAAGAAACUACACCCGAUCUCUUGUUUUGAGUUCCUAAUCUUUAUAUUUUGUGUAUGAGCUCAAUGGUGUUUUUUCCAAACAAUAUAAAUUUAACGGGAAAAUCGAUUUCUUUACGUAUUUUUUUUUUUUUAUAUUAAA